CUUUCAUUUCUUGUUUCUUUCCUUCAUUCUCUCUCUCUCUCUCAAUCUCUGUCUUAUUUCUUUCUUCUUCCAUUGCUUUAAAGCUAAGAGAAAUGGGUACAUGUGCUUCCCUUUACAACAGAUCGGAAUGCUCCGCCGUUAAGCCGCCGGCGCCACCCCAAACUACCACAGAUCAGUUUGAGAUUCCACCUUCACCUAUUAAACACUUUAAGCUCCAAAACAAUACCGAUUCCGCCAUUAAAGACAUCUCUGUAAUACCCAAUCAUCACAAGACUCCUUCUGGAAGUAAAGAAGAAGCUUUCUUUGAUUCUCGAGCGUGGUUGGAUUCUGAUUGUGAAGAUUUCUUCAGUGUCAAAGGAGAUUUCACCCCUUCCUGCGGCAACACUCCGCUUCACCACCGAUUUCCGGCGGAAACUCCCCGUACUAGCAGAGUCAGUGUCGCCAGCGCCGACAACGAAGCAUCGAAUUUCAACUUGCCGCCAUUACCGACGAAGAGGAGAAAGAAACUGGCCGAUCUGUUCCGAGAGAGCCUCGGGAAUGAGGCGAGUUUUGCUUUCCUGAAUCAGGAAGAAAAUCGGAAAGCAGAUGAACCUCGUGUCUCAGGAACGGAUUCGGUCUGCAACAGCGAAAGGACAGCAGGGGACGGAAUCAAUCAGUUGGUUGACGAAAAUCCGAUUGAAUUGGAUUCGAAGAUGUGUUGCCUUCCGCCGCUGGCAUCGCGUAGCAGUUCGCGUGAGAGGAAGGAGGAUUUGAAGCUUAUUAAUGGCGUAUCUUGAGCCCUAAAUCGAUGGGUACCCUCCGCAAUUGAUAAUGUGAAUAUUUAUUAUUAUAAUAGAAGCCAAUUUGUAAUAUUUUGGAUGAUUGGAUGGUCUAACUCAAAUAAGAAAAUCAUUAUUUUUUUAGAUUUAAAA